GGAGCUCCCGCCUCUCUCCGGUCACGUCACGUCACGUCACGUCGUCUCAUUCGUGCAGUCGCUGUGUCAGCGGCUCGUUCGCGCUGAAUUUGCUCUCGAACCGGAGCAGAACCGUCAGAAACACAAAGAUGUCGGCUCGGAUUAUGCAAGCGGGUCGAUGCCCGACUGACGAGCUGUCACUGACCAACUGUGCCGUCAUCAAUGAGAAGGAUCCGCAGUUUGAACAACACGUGACUGUGCGCAACUUAGCCCACAAGUAUGUGUUCACCUUGAAGACUCACCCCAGUGUUAACUCUGGGACCAUCGCCUUCAGCCUGCCACAGAGAAAAUGGGCCGGCCUCUCGAUUGGACAAGAGGUUGAAGUAACAAGCUACAAGUUUGACAAAUCCAAACAGUGUAUAAGCACCAUGACAGUGGAAAUCGACUUCCUGCAGAAGAAGAACGUGGACAGCAACCCCUACGACUCGGACAACAUGGCCAGAGAGUUCAUCCAGCACUUCAACAGCCAGGCCUUCAGCGUCGGCCAGCAGCUCGUGUUUAGUUUCUGCGAUAAGCUGUUUGGCUUGGUGAUCAAGAACAUCGAGGCCAUGGACCCGAGCAUCCUGAAGGGAGAACAGCCCGCCAGCAAAGCCAGACCAAAGAUUGAGAUCGGUUUGUUGCUAGGAAACAGUCAGGUGAUCUUCGAGAAGUCGGACAGCUCAUCUAUGACUCUGGUUGGGAAAGCUAAGACCAGAGAGUCUCGCCAGUCCAUCAUCAGCCCAGACUGGAACUUUGAGAAGAUGGGUAUCGGCGGCCUUGACAAGGAGUUUUCUGACAUCUUCCGUCGAGCCUUCGCCUCCAGAGUCUUCCCUACAGACAUAGUGGAACAGAUGGGCUGUAAGCACGUGAAGGGGAUCCUGCUGUACGGACCCCCGGGCUGCGGUAAAACCCUGAUGGCACGACAGAUUGGCAAGAUGCUCAAAGCCCGGGAGCCGAAGAUCGUCAACGGGCCCGAGAUUCUCAACAAGUACGUCGGAGAGUCUGAGGCCAACAUCAGGAAGCUGUUCGCAGACGCAGAGGAGGAACAGAAGAGGCUCGGUGCAAACAGCGGCCUUCACAUCAUCAUCUUCGAUGAGAUCGACGCGAUCUGCAAACAGCGUGGCAGCAUGGCGGGCAGCACGGGAGUCCACGACACCGUGGUCAACCAGCUGCUGUCCAAGAUCGACGGCGUGGAGCAGCUCAACAACAUCCUGGUCAUAGGUAUGACCAACAGGCCUGACCUGAUAGACGAGGCCUUGUUGAGGCCGGGAAGGUUGGAGGUGAAGAUGGAGAUUGGGUUACCGGAUGAAAAGGGACGAAUUCAGAUCCUGCACAUCCACACGACGAAGAUGCGUCAGUACGACCUGCUGCACAGCGACGUGGACAUCAAGGAGCUGGCCGUGGAGACUAAGAACUACAGCGGUGCCGAGCUGGAGGGCCUGGUCAGGGCUGCACAGUCCACCGCCAUGAACAGACACAUCAAGGCCAGUAACACGGUGGAGGUAAACAUCGAGACGGCGGAGAAGCUGCAGGUCAGCAGACUCGACUUCAUGGCGUCGCUGAACAACGACAUCAAACCUGCAUUUGGUACCAACCAAGAGGACUACGCCAGCUACAUCAUGAACGGGAUCAUCCGAUGGGGCGACCCGGUGUCAGCAGUCCUGGAGGACGGCGGGCUGCUGGUGCAGCAGACGAAGAACAGCGACCGAACGCCGCUGGUGUCCGUGCUGCUGGAGGGCCCACCCAACAGCGGGAAAACAGCGCUGGCUGCUAAGAUCUCCGAAGACUCCCAGUUCCCCUUCAUCAAGAUCUGCUCCCCGGACAAGAUGAUCGGACACUCGGAGAUCGCCAAAUGCCAAGCCAUCAAAAAGAUAUUUGAAGACGCCUACAAGUCCCAGCUGAGCUGUGUGGUUGUCGAUGACAUUGAGCGUCUGUUAGACUACGUCCCGAUCGGCCCUCGUUUCUCCAACCUGGUGUUACAAGCUCUGCUGGUGCUGCUGAAGAAACCUCCUCCGAAGGGUCGUAAGUUACUGAUCAUCGGCACCACGAGUCGCAAAGACGUCCUCCAGGAAAUGGAGAUGUUGGACGCUUUCAGCACCACCAUCCACAUUCCCAACAUCUCGAGCGGAGAGCAGCUGGUCGAGGCCCUGGAGCUGCUGGGCAGUUUUGAGGAGGUCGAGCGGGCCAGCAUAGCUAAAGCUGUGAAGGGCAAAGGUCUGUGGAUCGGCAUCAAGAAGCUGCUCAUGCUGAUUGAAAUGUCCGUCCAGAUGGAUCCCGGCUACAGAGUCAGCAAGUUCCUGAGUCUACUGAAGGAUGAAGGAGCACUGGGUUCUGAAAAGUUCGUGGCAAUCUAGACUCGGCGGAGCCGCAUAGUGGGAAAGAGGCAUCCUUCAACGUUGCUGAUGAACGGAAGCCUGAAAGAGGCUGGCAGGAGGAAGCAAGCGAGAGAGAACUUUCCAUCUCCCUCCCUCCGCAUCCUUCCCCUUCCCGUCCCAUCCCUGAAGAAACUCUCUCUGCACUGCAGCAGCAGCACGCAGCCAGGCGACCUCCUCCUCUUCAGCACUAUGUGAAGAUGUAACAUAAGAGAAAUAAGCAGUGUGUGUGUGUGAGUGUGUGUUUGUAUCUGUGUAUAUUGCAUUUCUUGAAGACUUGUGCUGUAAUCUCUGAUGUGACGCCCCCUCCCCGAGCACUCCAAUGAGAUCUUCUGUCUAAAAAGUUUGGCUGGCAGGCAGACGUGCAUGCACAGACACUAAUCAUAACACUGUUUGUUUGUAUAUCUGUGUGCACAGGUUUGUAAUUUGAUCAUUCCAGGACGUGGCGUCUCCGUGACUUAAAGAUCUCACUCUGUUCUUAACAUGUUAUGUACUUGCCUGUGUCUCGUUUGUUUAUUUUAUGAAUAAAUUAAUUAUAUUACUACCCAGAAACUCUGGACUUAAUGAUAAAAUUAAGACAUCUCCACACAUGAAACGUGUAGGUGAACAGACCCAACGAUCCGCUCGUUAUCAGGUGUUCUUCUCAUAAUUACGGCAUGUUGAAAUCACGAGGAAACUUUGUAAUCUAGCGUAAUUAUCUCGUAAUUAUGAGAAAUAUGGCACGUCGCGAUGAGAAGAACCCACUCAGACGGUUUGCGGUUAACCUCCACAGCGUCUACGUUGCACAAUCGCCCGUACAGCUCGACAAGAAAACACAGUCAGCCGUUUACCAAGUAGCUACUGCAGCGUGCGUGUGGCCUCACAGUAAAUCACAACGCUUCAGAAUAUUGUUUCACUUAUCGGUAACUCGUCGCUCACGACCGUGCUUACACAGGGGAAUAGUGUUGCUACAACACGUGGUCUUCUCUCUCUUUAUUUUUUCAUAUACAAGUGAAAUUAAUUACGAAUGAACCAAAGCUUAUUAACUGUAUACAUUUCUUUCCUUUCUGUUUGUAAUUAUGAAGAAUCAUGGAUGUCAUUGCAAUAAAUGUGGUCAUGUGAAAAACGUUAUAUUCAGUAUGUUUUGUGUGCGUGUGAUGAAUAAUCAUGAUGUACAUGUUCUACACAAUGGCCUUGAAGGCGUUGAGGUACUGAAAACCAGCUCUGUCUCUCUCUUGUAUCAAACAGCUGGGCGUUGUAGUUUUUCUGGCAGCAGGGACGGACAGCUGAAAUAAAUUACAGCGUGUUUGUGGUGCAACAGUGCGGCGCGGCGAUGUGUUUUUAAUAGUUUCGGACAACAA